CGAGGCGACAGCGCCACCAGCCUCCCAGCGGGAAGGUCAGGUCUUCCAUAACGCGUAAGCCUCGGCUUCCGCACGAGCAGACGCGCGCGCGGCUCUCCUUUUAUAUAGGAGUAUGUAGUAUCUGAAGCGAAGCAGCAUCUCUCGCCGUAGCCAGCCUAGCAGACUCUCUCGAGCUGGAGAGGAUACGAUCCUACGGAGCGGAGAGUGAACCGUCGAUCCCUCGAGCUUUCUGCAGUUGAGCUUCCAUGGGGAACUGCUUCGGCUCCGAGGAAGCCGAAGUGGAGGCCGUCAAGCAGUCACCAGGCCACGAGCACGGACAUGGACGCCCCCAAGCGAUUGCAAGCCGCGGUCCUCCUCCCAUGGCAGCGCCCACGGCCCACGUCGCCGUGGGCGGCAGGAGGUCCCCGGGCUCGUCGUCCAUGAGCAGCGUCACCACCCGAAGCACCAGCGCCAGCACGUCGGCGGGCGGCGGCGCGCACGAGGGGGCGGCGUGCCCGGAGCCGGAGGGCAGGAUCCUGGAGGCGCCCAACCUGCGCGUCUUCACGUUCGCGGAGCUCCGGGCGGCGACGAGGAACUUCAAGCCGGACACGCUGCUGGGCGAGGGCGGGUUCGGGCAGGUGUACAAGGGGUGGGUCGACGAGAAGACCAUGAACCCGGCGCGCAGCGGCACCGGCAUGGUCAUCGCCGUCAAGAAGCUCAACCAGGAGAGCCUGCAGGGCCUCGAGGAAUGGCAGUGUGAAGUGAACUUUCUGGGGAGGAUAUCGCACCCGAACCUGGUGAGGCUGCUGGGGUACUGCCUGGAGGACAGGGAGCUGCUGCUCGUCUACGAGUUCAUGGCCAAGGGCAGCCUGGAGAACCACCUCUUCAGAAAAGGUGGAUCUUUCCAGCCCAUCCCAUGGGGCCUACGGCUCCGGAUCGCCAUCGACGCCGCGCGUGGCCUCGCCUUCCUGCACUCAUCGGAGAAGCACGUCAUCUACCGAGACUUCAAGGCUUCAAACAUCCUCCUCGACACGAACUACAACGCCAAGCUCUCGGACUUCGGCCUGGCGAGGAACGGCCCCACCGGCGGCGACAGCCACAUCACCACCCGCGUCAUGGGCACCUACGGCUACGCGGCGCCGGAGUACAUCGCGACGGGCCACCUGUACGUGAAGAGCGACGUGUACGGGUUCGGCGUGGUGCUGCUGGAGAUGCUGACGGGCCUGCGGGCGCUCGACACGGCCCGGCCCGCGCAGCAGCUGAACCUGGUGGACUGGGCCAAGCCGUACCUGGCGGACCGGCGGAAGCUCCCCCGCCUCGUGGACCCGCGGCUGGAGGGGCAGUACCCGUCCAAGGCCGCACUGCGGGCCGCGCAGCUCACGCUGAGCUGCCUCGCCGGCGAGCCCAAGAACCGGCCCUCCAUGGCCGAGGUCGUCACGGUGCUGGAGGAGAUCGAGCGGAUUCGGCCUCGGCACCGGCGCGCGUCGCCGGAGGAGGACAGGGAGAGCAGCAGCAGCGCGUCGUCUCGGAGCGCGCACCACGGGCGCCGGCACCAGCAGCAGUCGCCACGGCCGAGGUCCGGGUCGGACGGCGCCCGGAGCGGCCAGCCGUCUCCUCGAGUGAGAUGACGAUAGCCCCGAGAUGACUGACUGAGCGAGAUCUCUCUCCCCGAUCAGAUCCCUUCCUUUCAAGAUCUCUCUCCUUUAGCGUGAUUCGGCGCGGGUUUUUUGGCCCAGUUUUCCAUGUCUUGGGCUUCUCCUGGGCACGUUUCAUACUUUCGGCCCACCGUUUCAACGAUGUGCAAAGUGAGGCAGGUCUGGGAAAUGAUGGAGAGAGCCUAGUUCUGAUCCAGAAUCCAGCAUCGACAUGUCUAUCUCAUUUCAUCAAGUUUGCCUAAAAAAACAAACACAUUUCAUCCAGUUAACACACGCACAUGCGUCUACUAAUUGCUCUUGUAGGGCGCCAAUGUUGGAAUGAUGCUCCCUUCUCCUUGAUCCAGUAUCUGCAAAACUAAUUGAUGCACCCUCGUUGUACCAAAGCAAACCUUUUUUUCUUUUUUUCUUUCUUUUUCGGGUUAUCUUAGAUUUUGAUGUAUAUAACUAGUUUAUAUGUGACAAAAAGUACUUGUUGUAGAUUACAUGAUAUAUGGAGGUCCUGAACGGAAGCAUGGAUGUAUUAGCUCCCAGCUGAUUGAAUUUAAUUUGAAUGCACAGUUGCGCCUGUUCGGUGAGCAGGAUUUGGGAAUGUUUAUGGGAGC